AUGUCGAAGAGGGAGACUCGAAGCUUCGCCGCGUCUGGGGUCGAUGUCGACGCCCCGCGCGCCAAACGACGGAAGGAGGCCUCCGCCACGAGCACCAGCGGAACCAGUAUCACCAUCAAGCCCCUCGUGAACGCGAGUCCGAUUGGCGACGCGCCGGCUGGCGAUGAAAGCGGGGCAAGUCCGGUGGAGGAUCCGGCGGUGGUCAAGGAGAAGGGGCUCGGGGUAUGGAACACGCUCAAGGACGCGGUGAACAAAGACGGUCAAAUCGCCUCGUUCCAGUUCAUGCGAUUGCCCUCAAGACGACAGUACGCGGACUACUACAACAUCAUCAAGCACCCCAUAGCUCUCGAUGACAUCAAGUCGAAGCUCGAAAGGCGGGAAUUCGACACCUGUUUCCGCAAUGCCAAACGCUACAACAUGAGAGAGAGUCAAAUCUGGAAGGACGCUAAGUUCUUGCAUAAACUCUCCGCGAAGGAGCUGGAUAAGCUCACCGGCAAGGAGGAUCGGGACGGCGAGGGAUCUGAUGACGAUGGCGAGAAGAAGAAAGCUCCCUCCAUGUACCGUCUCCUGAAGUCCAGGCUGCAGAAGUUGGUCGACAAGAAGGAAACGAUUCAUGGUUCUUCCCAGUCGCAACUCUGGCCGAUGUACUACCAGAUCAUCAAGAAGCCGCAAUGCUUGGACAAUAUAUUCAAACGGCUGAAGCAGAAGGAAUACCCGACGCCGAAGGACUUCGCCAACGAUCAUACACCGAUCUGGGAAGACGCGGUGGUACUCCGGGAACACUUCAGGAAAUUGAUGUCAGAUCUUCCAGAGCCCUACACAAUACCUACGUAUGAGAACCCUGCUCCACCCCCACCCCCUCCACAACCGGUCGCGGCACCGACACCCAGCCUCCCUUCAUCUAAUUCCAUCCCCCAGCGCCACAGAAGAAGCACCCUCUAUAUCGCCCGCGGCGCUCGACGGCGGCACCGCGCCUGCGGCCCAGAUUCAGCAGCACGGCCCCGCCCAGUCUUUGGCGCAAGCCCGCACUUCUGCGCCACCAGCCGCGGCGCCGCCGCGCCGCCUGUCGCCGAGACGGUGUUUGCGCACCCGCUGAGGCGCGUGGUGAUCACGACCCUCCCGCUCUACCGGCGGCUGGUUCUCGAUCACGGAGACGGCGUUCGGACGUGGGCCAUGAGGCUGGAUGGGUCGGAAGCCACGGUGGUUGUUUCCGAUGUCGCAUUCAUCGAGAAGGACAAGACCAGGGCCAGGGAGGAGGAUGACGGGGACAGUAGUGCGGACGAAGCUCACCCGAGGCGUGAGGAAGAGGAAGAAGAGGAAGCUGACGAGAGGGAAAGAUCUUCCAGCUCGCCCUCAAGACGGCGCACACGGUCACCGCGGAAACGAGGGAGACCGGCGCGCACGGCGAAGAAGACUCAACAGAGCCCUGGGAAGGGCAAGGCGGCAGAAACGCCUCGGGGAGAGACAGAGGUUAAGCUUAACGGUGUGUCGGUCACAGAACGUGAUGCGGGAACGUGGGAGGUCCUCGUGGGCGUAGGUUCCAGUAUUCUUGAAGUCGGAGAGAAGGGGGGAAUGAUGUGGAAGGUGUACUUGGACAGGUCUCUGGUCCAGUGA